AUGACUGCUGAAUCCUUUCCUCUCGGUUACUUUUAUAUUAUCUCUAAACUUAACGGACUUGCCGUAGACCUUGACCUGUCUGAACCACCUACCGCUGGUACAAAACUUAUUACUGUUACCAAGAAAGAAAGCAAGCCUGAACGCGACAGUCAACUUUGGAUCCAUCAAAAUGGUUUUUUGACAAACAAACUGAGUGGUCUUGUCAUGGAUAUCGGAAAAUCCAAAAAGUUCAUUGACAUCUUUACUGGUCAUCAACAUCUUUAUGUUGAUGUCAUGAAGCAAGAAGAAGACGCAAAUGAUCAACGCUUUGGCUAUGAUCCUAAACAUGGCUAUAUCUAUACUCUGCUUGAGCCUGACCAAGUAGUUGAUAUUCGCAAGAAGCAAGUAGAAGAAGGGGGUACCAUGAUGAUCUAUGAAAAGAACCCAGUACUUGAAGAAGGCCUGAACCAACUCUGGACACUUCAGCUGGCUGAUCCUCCUGUCGUCUUGGACUCUUCUGAUGAUGAUGAAGACGACAGUAAGCGUGCUCGUUUCACUGCCUGGUUUGGCAGUUGGUUCGGAUGGGACGAUAAGAAGCGCGAAGUCUUGCAAGAAAAAGAUCUGGAAAAAGCACAUGAAAAAGUGUACAAGAAGAACAAGUCUCAUUUGAGUUAUGAGAUUAUUGCUGGUGCUGUUGCUGUCCAGGCAGUCAAGAUGUACAUGGAUCAACAAGAAGCUAAUGGCGAAGAAGUUCGUUUUAAGGGAGCCAAGGAAAUCAUUGCGGCCUUUGCUGCUAAAGAAAUGGUCAAGAUGUUUAUGGAGCGCGGUACAGAUGAUGACGAUGAUGACGAUGACGAAGAACAAAAGGUAAAGAAGCAAACCUUACUUCAAAAGAUGGCAUCUUCUGCUGCUGUCAACUAUUUCGAAACCAAAUGUAAAUAA